AUGUCUUGCUGCGUGAUUUCAGAGGUAGCACAGGAGAAUGAUUAUGCGUCUCUUAUCUCGUUCCUCCUGCCGGCGGCAGCUAGCGCUCGCUUCAUCGAGGCAAACGAAGUAGUCAACCGCAUCCUCCCUUACACGGAUGCGCUUCUAGAGAAAGUAGAAGCUCCAGAACGGUACCUCAUCGAGCUGUCUCCGGGUAAGACGGCAUGGGUAACCGAAGAGGAGAAAUGGGAGCUACGCCGUGGAGGGCUCAACUUCAUGGACAUCACCGAAAACGGCGACCUUGGUGCGCUACGUACUACUUCGAAAUGGACACCGAUUUUCCCCGAGAAAGUCCAGCUCCAAUCAGAAAUCCAUCCUCUCUUAAAGACGUUGUCGAAGGACCUGUUACAAGAACACCUCGAGAAGUUUUCGAGCUUCCACACGCGAUACUACAAAUCGGACUACGGCCGCCAGUCGUCCGAGUGGCUGCUGAAGACGGUACAAGAUACAAUUAAGGAGGCUGGUUCUGAUAAAUACGGAGUUAAAGCUGAGCACUUCAAGCACUCGUGGGGUCAAAACUCGGUCAUCGCAACGAUUCCUGGUCAGUCAAACUCGACUGUCGUCAUCGGUGCCCACCAAGAUUCCAUCAACCUUUGGUUGCCGUCGGUUCUUCCGGCCCCCGGUGCCGACGAUGAUGGAAGUGGUACUGUCACCAUUCUCGAGGCCUUCCGCGUCCUUCUAUCCUCAGAGAGCGUCAUCAAGGGCAAUGCGUCGAACACAAUCGAGUUCCAUUGGUAUAGCGCCGAGGAAGGUGGCCUCCUUGGUAGCCAGGCAAUCUUUUCGGAAUACGAAAAGCAGGGCCGUGAUAUCAAGGCCAUGCUUCAGCAAGACAUGACAGGCUACGUCCAAGGAACGCUUGAUGCAGGAAAGCCUGAGAGUGUUGGUGUGAUCACAGACUUCGUUGACCCCAGCUUGACGGCCUUCAUUAAGAAGGUCAUCGAGGAGUACUGCGAAAUCCCGUGGGUUGAGACCAAGUGUGGUUAUGCUUGCUCCGAUCAUGCGUCUGCCUCCAAGGCUGGUUACCCUUCCGCUUUCGUGAUAGAAUCGACCUUUGGCGAGUCGGACCAGCACAUUCACAGCACGGACGAUUUGAUCAAAUACCUCUCAUUCGACCACAUGCUUCAGCAUGCGCGCAUGACUCUUGCGCUCGUCUACGAGCUAGGCUUCACUGAUUUUGAGGGGCUGAAGAACGAGAACGAGAUGGGUGAGCUAUAA